AUGAAAUCAAUGCAAAAAGUCAAGAAGAUGUACAAUUCUUAUGCAAUUGGAUUGGCUGUAUCAUUAUUUAGUUUUAUUGCAGGAAUGGAAUUAUAUUCUUAUUUAAGUAUUAAGAAUUCUGAAAUUUUUACAACUUUAUAUGAAAAACCAACAAAAUUUGAAACAAAUUUAUUAAAAUCAUGUAAUUAUUUAGGUGCAAUUGGUAAGUAUCAAAUGAAGUUAUAGAGAAUUUCGCUAACUGAGAAUAGCUGGUAGUGUAAUUGGAGGGGAAAUAGCUGAACAUUUUGGUUUUAUCAAGUCAAUGGAAUGUCUUUGCAUAUUUUGGAUUAUUGGUAUCAUAUUUACGUUUGUUCUGGAUACAAUUUCAAUGUUAAUUUUAGGAAAAAUCAUUAAUGGAGUUGCAGUUGGAAUUACAUUUAUUAGUAUACCUAUUUAUCAAUUUGAAAUAAUUCCAAUAAAGAGAAGGGGUAGGGUAUUAUCAUUAUUUUUAUUUGUGAGUAAUUUGGGUAAUUUAAUUCUGUUUCUAAUCCCCAAUAUGUUAAUUGAACAAAAGAACUCCACUUAUAAUGCAAAAUAUGUCAGAUUAUAUUGGCUAAUUGAAUUAAUUCCAUUAAUUUUUGCAAUUGUUAUGUUACCUUUCAUUCCUGAAUCACCAAAAUGGCUUGCAGUUAAUAGUGAUUGGUCAACAGCUGCUGAUGUAUUAGAAAGUAUAGAAAUAAAGAAUAGUUCAACCAAAGAUUUAAAACAACAAAGAAAGAUAAAUUUAAAUAGGGCCAAAUUGGGAGAUAAACAUUUCGUAACUCAAAAUUAUUCCUCAACCAGUGAUGAUUUGAAGAGUUGUUCAAUUAAUAGGUUAUUUGGAAAGAGAUAUAUUAGAGAAACAAGUAUUGCAAUUAUAAUGAAAUUUUUAAUUGAUUUUAUCGCAAUUUCAAAUAUAUCUGAAUCAAUUGAUUAUAUAAGUGAAUCAUGUCAAAUUAGUACCCUUGAUGAUUUUAAAACUGUUCAAACUGCUCAAUUGAUUGCAAGAGUUGUUUUCUCUACCAUUCCAAUUUUAAUUUCAGAUGUUAUGAGACGGAAAGAUAUAUUAGUUUAUGGUACUUUUUUAGUUACGUGUAUUAUGUUUUCAUAUAUGGUUGUUUUCUUGGGAUUUUCUAAACCUAGAAGUGUUGCAAGUCAUAGUGAUUGGUUUCUUAAGGUUGAAUUUUUUGGUAAUAGUGCUUCUACAGUUUUAGCAUUAACUGGUUUAUUAGAUGUUUUAUAUUAUACUAUGAUUAUUCCAAUAAGUUGGUUAUAUACGAUUGAAAGUUUAACACAUUCUACAAGAAUUAGAGGUUGGAUAGUUGUUACAAGUUUACAUUGGUUGUUUGAAAGUUCAAUAUCUUUAACGUUUCCAUUUUUGUUUCAACAUUUGAAUGGUUGGAUAUUCUUCAUUAUUAGUUUUAUAUGUUUAAUAACUUUGGUAUUCACAACGAAAUUACAAGAAACAAAGGGUAAGAUAUUAAUUGAAAGUGGUUAUCGUAAUAUUGGAUUGAACAGCAGUGAAACAGAAACAACUGUAUCAGCUAAUAAUUAUAAAUCAGCUUUAUAUGAUGAAAAAAUGAGUAUCAAUAAGAUUAACACACCACCAUUAAAUCCAUUUCAAAGUAAAUGGGAGCUUAAGCAAAAGUUGGAUAAGGAAAAUGAUGAUUAUCUUUAG